AUGUCCGACGCCCGUACCCUCCUACGCGCAAAGCGCCAAGAAUCAUCAGCACGUAUCUCCCACCCCUACGCAUCAUACACCUCCACAGGCACUUUACGAUGCUUAGCAUGCAGCGUGCCCGUCAAGAGCGCAGGAAUGUGGGAGGGUCAUAUCGGUAGCAAGGCGCAUCGCGUUGCCGUACGAACUCUCAAAACAAAGGAGGAACAAGAGGAGAAGGAAAGAGAAAUGAAGAGGAAUGGGAAGAGGAAGGCGGAGGACGACGGGAUUGAGAUGGAUGUCGAUACUGCAGAGGAGAACGUAAAUGGUACUGUCCCUACGAACAACGCAAAGAAGAGGAGAACAAGCGUCGAGUCGGAACCUACCCAACCCCCGUCUAGCAAAACGAAAGGCUUUCCAGCAGAUUUCUUCUCAGACCCGUCACAAGCACCUAUACUCUCUACAGCCGAUGAAGACGAAGACGGAGGCGAAGAACCAGGAACUGCACAACCAAAUGCCAACGCCCCUUCAGACAAACCAAAAUCACAAAUCGACCUCGAAUGGGAACAGUUCCAAGCGUCGUUACUCAAUCCAAGCGCAGCGGUCGAAGAGCAAGAGGACGAACGGAGAGCAGCAUUCGAACGCGCGACGGUUGUUGCAGAGCCAGAGCUCGUACCUAGCGCACCGGGCUUUCCUCCUGCGGUUACUGGCGAAACUGAGCCACUCGAGGAAAAGAAAGAAGAAACUGACGAGGAGAAGCAAAGGCGGAAGGAACAAGAGGACCGCGAACUCAUCAUGGACAGACUAAUAGAAGAGGAACGAGUACAAGAAGAAGCAGACGAACGCGUCGGACUACUCAGAGCACGCGUGGAAGCGCUCAAAAAAGCUCGCGAAGCAAAACGAAAAGCGAAAUGA